GGGAUGAAGACAUGAGCAAAAUAAACAAAACAUUCUCCGCACCUGACCUUCACGUGUGGCUAACAUUUAGUUAUUAUAAAUCAUAAUUCAUUGCAUUAAUGAUUGGAUAUUAAUGACUAACAAUUGCCGAGAUAUUCAAUCAUUCUUUGAUUUAGAAAUGUUUGAUACUUUCUGAAUUGAAAAACAGACUAAUCAUCAAAUAAUGGCAAACGAUAGAUGUGUCAAUCCGUUUGUCCAUAGGUUUCGGUUCCGGACUAUUGAUUACUUCCAGAUAAUCAUCGGCACGAUAUUAUUAGUUCCCAUGCGGAUAGUGCUCACAGUAUUUCUAUUCAUGUUGGCUUCAACUUUGGCUAAGUUUGCAAUUUAUUUGUUAAACAAAUUGCAACUCGAAAAAGAAGCCGAAAAUAAGUGGAGAUAUUAUUUAAGGAUUCCGUGUGUUUGGACCUUCAGAGCCAUGUUUUUCUGUUCGGGAUUUUAUCGCGUCAAUAUUGUGGACAAGGCCGGUCCCGACGCUGAGAAAGAGGCCCGGGUGCUAGUGGUGGCGCCGCACACCUCACCAUUUGAUGUUUUAUCUGGUAUUGCGCUGAAAAUCCCAUCGCCAGUGGCCCGACACGACGCCGUCGACAUACCAUUGUUUGGAAAUGUGAUCAAAAUAACUGAUCCCGUGUUUGUUGAGAGAGACUCAAAGACGUCGCGGAAUAACGUGUUGUCCAGUGUUUUGGAGAAAAUAAAAUUCGUCCGCAUUUUCUUCUUCCCCGAAGGCACCUGUACUAAUCGUAGGGCAUUGUGUCAGUUCAAAGCGGGCGCUUUUAAGUUGGGUCUACCCAUACAGCCCAUUGCUAUCAAAUACGACCAGGGUGGUGGUCCGGACACUUUGAGCUGGACAUGGGAUGGGCCGCCUGUUUGGAAAUCCAUUUGGUUGACUCUGAGCCGAUGGAGUACUGGCGUAGAGUUAGUGCUGUUACCCGUCUAUCAUCCUUCCGAACAGGAAUUACAAGAUCCAGAACUCUAUGCAUAUAACGUGUCGGUGCUAUUGGCCAAAGAGUUAGGUUUCGCUAAUUUGUACUACUCUUUCGAUGACGUCAAAUAUUUACACCAAAGAGUACAAAGCUUUUGGCAGAGAUUAGAGAAUGGUUUCAAUGCUUUGGCUCAGAAUCGAGAUGACGGCCGAAGUUAUGUCAUAUGCAACGACUCGUUACGAGUGCUGUUAUGGUUGGCAUUGGGUAUAGAGAAGACAGUCAGUGAUAAUAAGGACGACGAGGAUGAGAUGACAUUUGAUGCGUUCAGAGAGUAUUUGGUAAAGAAUUAUAGGGAUUGUAUCGAAGAAAACGCUAGAGAAUUGCUAACCGAACCAAUCGUUGCGAGUGGUGUUCCGCACAAAAGUUAAUGUUAUCAUAGAAAUUAGUUUUUAAAUUCAUUAAGUUUGCUAAUUAUAUUACAUGACAGGACAGUGA